AUGUUUUUUAGGUCGUUCAUAGUCCCGCAUCCGUUUUUUCCUGUUCUCAUCCAGUUCCUACUAAGAGGGCAGCAGGGCGCGCGAGGCGCACAGGGCUGCAGGGCGCGCGGGGCGCACAGGGCAGCAGGGCAGCAGGGCGCACAGGGCUGCAGGGCAGCAGGGCGCGCGGGGCAAACAGAGCAGCAGGGCUCACAGGGCUGCAGGGCAGCAGGGCGCACAGGGCUGCAGGGCAGCAGGGCGCGCGGGGCGCGUAGGGCUGCAGUGCGCGCAGGGCGCGCAGGGCAGCAGGACAGCAGGGCGCGCGGGGCGCACAGGGCUGCAGGGCGCGCGGGGCACACAGGGCAGCAGGGCAGGAGGGCGCACAGGGCUGCAGGGCAGCAGGGCGCGCGGGGCAAACAGGGCAGCAGGGCGUACAGGGCUGCAGGGCAGCAGGGCACACAGAGCUGCAGGGCAGCAGGGCGCGCGGGGCGCGCAGGGCUGCAGUGCGCGCAGGGCGCGCAGGGCAGCAGGACAGCAGGGCGCGCGGGGCGCACAGGGCUGCAGGGCGCACGGGGCGCACAGGGCAGCAGGGCAGCAGGGCGCACAGGGCUGCAGGGCAGCAGGGCGCGCGGGGCAAACAGGGCAGCAGGGCGCACAGGGCUGCAGGGCAGCAGGGCGCACAGGGCUGCAGGGCAGCAGGGCGCGCGGGGCGCGCAUGGCUGCAGUGCGCGCAGGGCGCGCAGGGCAGCAGGACAGCAGGGCGCGCGGGGCGCACAGGGCUGCAGGGCGCGCGGGGCGCACAGGGCAGCAGGGCAGGAGGGCGCACAGGGCUGCAGGGAAGCAGGGCGCGCGGGGCAAACAGGGCAGCAGGGCGCACGGGGCUGCAGGGCAGCAGGGCAGCAGGGCGCACAGGGCUGCAGGGCAGCAGGGCACGCGGGGCGCGCAGGGCAGCAGGACAGCAGGGCGCGCGGGGCGCACAGGGCUGCAGGGCGCGCGGGGCGCACAGGGCAGCAGGGCAGCAGGGCGCACAGGGCUGCAGGGCAGCAGGGCGCGCGGGGCAAACAGGGCAGCAGGGCGCACAGGGCUGCAGGGCAGCAGGGCGCACAGGGCUGCAGGGCAGCAGGGCGCGCGGGGCGCGCAGGGCUGCAGUGCGCGCAGGGCGCGCAGGGCAGCAGGACAGCAGGGCGCGCAGAGCGCGCAGGGCUGCAGGACGCGCAGGGCGCACAGGGCAGCAGGGCGCGCGGGGCGCAGCAGGGCUGCAGGGCGCGCGGGGCGCGCAGGGCAGCAGCAAGGGCUGUAGCGGCAGCAGCAGGGCGCACAGGGCUGCAGGGCAGCAGGGCGCGCGGGGUGCGCAGGGCUGCAGGGCGCGCAUGGCGCGCAGGGCAGCAGGACAGCAGGGCGCGAGGGGCAAACAGGGCAGCAGGGCGCACAGGGCUGCAGGGCAGCAGGGCGCGCGGGGCGCGCAGGGCUGCAGUGCGCGCAGGGCGCGCAGGGCAGCAGGACAGCAGGGCGCGCAGGGCGCGCAGGGCUGCAGGGCAGCACAGGGCUGCAGAUCCCCUCCCCCCCACCGCUGCACCCGCAGCAGGGGGAAGGAGGAGAAGUGGGGGGGGGGGGGGUGCUGAUGCUGCAACUCCCCUCCCCCCCACUGCUGCUGCAGAUCCCCUCCCUCCCACUGCUGCACCCGCAGCAGGGGUGGAGGAGAAAGGUGGGGGGGGCGGGGGGGGGCUGGUGCUGCAGGAGAAGGGGCGGUGCAGGAGCCGCUCGGGCGACAGCAGGUUGGCCACACCCGCCACCCCCAUACCCUCCCCCCCACUGCUGCAGCUGAGGCACAUCCGCCACCCCCUCACACCCUCUCCCCGCCAUCCCCAUGGAGGGGGGGGAGAGGGGGGAGGGGGGCAGGGGCGGAGCUGCGCGUGCGACUGUAGGGCACGCGGGCAGGAGGUACCCCCUCUUGCCACCCCCUCACCCACCAUGUUGCAACAGGGCACCGGGGCCGCGGGUAGGGGCGGCAGAUCGCGAGGGGCCAUGGCCAGGGGCGACGGGGCCAUGGCUAGGGGCGACGGGGCCAUGGCUAGGGACGAGGCCGGGCGCUGGGGAGGGACUGGGCCGGGCGCUGGGCAGGUACGGGGCCGGGCGCUGGGCAGGUACGGGGCUGGGCGCUGGGCAGGUACGGGGCCGGGCGCUGGGCAGGUACAGGGCCGGGCGCUGGGCAGGUACGGGGCCGGGCGCUGGGCAGGUACGGGGCCAGGCGCUGGGCAGGUACGGGGCCGGGCGCUGGGCAGGUACGGGGCCGGGCGCUGGGCAGGUACGGGGCCGGGCGCUGGGCAGGUACGGGGCCGGGCGCUGGGCAGGUACGGGGCCGGGCGUUGGGCAGGUACGGGGCCGGGCGCUGGGCGCGGAAUGGGGCCGGGCGCGGGGCUAGGUAUGGGGCCAGGCGCGGGCUAG